CCAAGUCCGUGAAGCCGGACAUUCGUUUCCCAAAGUUGGACUCCAUCUCACCUCAGGGCUGGUCCAAAUUCGGCAGGGGUAUCAGUGACAUAACUGUUGCUCAUAAUUGCCUGACUGCUCGAUUUUGGAUGAAGAUUCAGACUCUUGUUUGGAUCCAAAUGCGACGACAGCCAACGCCAAACCAUAGCCGCUAAUAGUGCUGGCUUAGUCUCGGAGCUGGUGGUGCAGUCGUCCGUCCAGGCCUAGGGGAAAGGACAAGAACACGGACAAGAACAACAGAGGGUGUUGUGCGAAGCAACACUAUCCUUCAUUUUUGGACUACUGCUUACGAUAAGCGGUUUUUUUUUUCAAAAAAAAAUCUUAUUCAUGAUGAGUGCUCCUAUGCUUGAGUUCCGGACGCAGGGCUUCAACCCCUACGCCGUCAAAUAUUCGCCCUAUUAUGACAGCCGGAUAGCUGUUGCAAGCUCUGCAAAUUAUGGCAUCGUCGGCAAUGGAAGGGUAUAUGCCCUGGGUCUGAAUGCCGCAGGUGUACAAGUGGAAAAGACGUUUGACACCAACGAUGCUCAGUAUGACCUGGCAUGGUCUGAACUGAACGAAAACCAACUCAUCGUGGCCUGUGGAGAUGGGUCCAUUAAGCUGUUCGAUUUAGGCGUGAACGACUUUCCUGUCAUGAAUUUCCAUGAGCACAAAAGGGAAGCCUUCUCGGUGUGCUGGAACUCUGUUAGCAAAGAUACAUUCCUGUCAAGCUCAUGGGAUGGGACUGUCAAACUUUGGUCACCAACCCGUAACCACUCACUCAAGACGCUGCCAAUAGGCAACUGCACAUAUAGCGCGUCCUUUUGCCCUCUCAACCCCUCUCUCAUCUCUGCCGUGUCGACAGACUCACACCUCCGGCUGUUCGACCUCCGAACGCCGGUAUCGGCCAAGUACCACCAGGUGGCAGCUAUCCCAGUGCACGGCGGGCCACAGCCGUCUCCCCCUGCCGAAAUUCUGACGCAUGACUGGAACAAGUACCGCGACACCGUCAUCGCGACCGGCGGUGUCGACCGUGUCCUGCGCACCUUUGAUAUUCGCGCCGGCGUCAACUCGGUCGGUCCCAUCUCCGUAAUGCAGGGCCACGACUUUGCCGUGCGCCGGUUGGCCUGGAGUCCGCACGUCAGCGAUCUGCUCGUCAGUGCCAGCUACGACAUGACGGUGCGCCUCUGGUCUGACGGCUCGAAUCAGCAGCCCGCUGCUCUGCCAGGUGCGCCGGUUGCGGCUCAGGGUAGACAGUUGGGACUGAUGAACCGUCACACUGAGUUCGCUACCGGCCUUGACUGGUGCUUGUUUGGCGCCGGCGGCUGGGUUGCCUCUUGUGCCUGGGAUCAGAGGGUGCUAUUGUGGGACGCAAACGCCUUCCUCCGGUGACCAGUAUUUGUCACGACUUGACCAGCCUUACACGAUAUCUUUCUAUACAGCAACGUUUUGUUUUAUUUCAGGAUAUCUCGGGGCGUCGACGCUUGAUAUCAUGCAUAUAAGCCAGCGGUAUCUACCAAAGCGCAAGCCGAUAUGAGUUGAAUUGUAUAUGUAAUAGUUUCUUUUUUUUGGGCUUCCUGGGACU